CCAGUGCUCCCUUUCCCCACUCCACCCCUGAGCCAGGAGCACCAACAACAGUAACAACUAACAGGGCGACCAGAGUGGAACGGGUUGGUUCGGAGAAGUGCAGGCCCUCUGCGGGAGGGACUGGAGGCAGGCCGGCGGAGAGGAUGUGGAUCUGGUACCUGCUCCUCGGUUCGGGCUCCGGUUCCAGCUCGGUCGAAAGCCAACUGCUCCCUGGAAAUAAUUUCACAACCGAGUGCAACAUUCCAGGGAAUUUUAUGUGUGGAGAUGGAAAGUGCAUCCCUGGGGGCUGGCAGUGUGACGGGCUACCGGACUGCUUUGACGAAAGUGACGAACGAGCCUGCCCCAAAGCGAAGUCCAAGUGCGCUCCGACCUUCUUCGCCUGCGCCAGCGGGAUGCACUGCAUCAUCGGCCGAUUCCGCUGCAAUGGCUUUGAAGACUGUCCGGACGGCAGCGACGAGGAGAACUGCACCGCCAACCCUCUCCUCUGCUCCACGGUGCGCUUUCACUGCAAGAACGGCCGCUGUGUGGACCGCAGCUUCCUCUGCAAUGGGCUGGACAACUGCCAAGAUAACAGCGACGAAGAGGACUGCGAGAGCACGUCAGAAGCCGUCCCAGGACAGGACUUUGUGACGCUGGAUUACCGGCUUCGCUACCACCCCACCAUCACGUACGCGGUCAUCGGCAGUGCCGUCAUAUUUGUGCUAGUGGUGGCCCUGCUGGCCCUGGUUCUGCAUCACCAGCGCAAGCGAAAUGUCCUCCUACCCCGGGUGGCGGCGCCCCUUCACCGCCUGCACCAACCUCUGCUGCUCUCCCGCCUGGUCAUCCUGGACCAGCCGCAGCCUUGUCCGACCAGCGCCAGCGCCGCCUCAUACAGCCCAUCACGGGGCAUCCAGCUGCUGUCUGGGACCUUCUACCACUGCGACCUGGCCAUGGAGACCCCUCCUUCAUACUCACAAGCGGCCCUCGACCACAGCCGACCUCCUUGGUUUGAUUUACCUCCACCUCCUUACUUCCAUGAUGGAGAGGAUCUGCCCCCGUGCCAGUCCGGUACAGGGAGCCCCCCGAGUCAGAACAGUCCCAGCGUGGAGUGCUCUGAUCCUCCUCAGUAUGAAGGACAGUCGAGUGCGGUCUGAGUGCAGACGGCGGCCAUGGACGCACUGUAGGUGACGUGAUGAGAGCGGAUCGAGACGGACCUGAGCCGAGUCUACAAAACAAUCCAAGGAGAGCAGGAGCCCCACUAUAAGGAGAGACAUGAGCCAUAGUCGAGUUUGUCUUCUUUCCAGGCUGACCUUGUGAAUAGCAGGAUUUAGAAACGAAAAAGAAGCAACUGGUCACAAGCCUCAGGAUUUCCAUUUGGAAUUUCAAAGUUGGGAGUUUUCCGAGAGACAUUCCCAGCUUUAUUAGGGCAACCCUGGUGGGACACGGAGAAGAAAAAUGAAACCCGAGGGUUGGGAAAGGACUGUUGGGAAGCCCAGAGAGGACCUCAUCUCCUCUUUGCAUAUGUAAUACGAUAGAUGAGGCACUUUAAGGAGGAGAGCUAAGCAGCACACCUUUGGGUUUUUGGGGGCCCCACCAUCUUUGAUUAAUUUUUUUACAGACAGAGGCUGCUCACCAAGCUCAUCAUUUAAUUAGAAUCUGUGAUCUGACUGGGAGAUUCACUCAGAUGAGGGUACUAAAGGGGCACAAAGGCUAGAUAGUGACCAGUGUGAGGGGGCAAAGUGAUAAUCGUAGUGCGACAAUCGAAGGAGGGAAUGAUGGGGUGACCAUAUAGUGCCUUGAGUUAUGAUAACUAAACCCUAACCAUAGCCUGUGUCUAAUUCUCAAAUGAAAUCGGUGCCCCAGCCUGGACAGUGCCAGGUACAAACAGACAAGCAACAAACUUGAAGAGAGAAGAUCUUAUCAAAGAUCAAGCAGAUCAGGUCCACACCAUUGAACUCAAGUCUGUGACGUUUGGCACCGUUUUCCUGUUUGUACAAGGGAAGACCCUCGGCAGUGCCCUGCUUGCGUUGCUUUGUCGCGCCGUGUCAAAUUGUGCAGAGAACACCAUAGCCUGGGCUUCAUUCUGGGCAGUGCCACGUACAGGAGCUGAAUAUAGUGCCUUUCAUCACGGUGCCUAUACAAGGUAUUCAUUCACCCCCUCAAAAGUUUUCAUAUUUCAGUGCUCGUGAAUCACAGUGGAGUUAAUUUUAUGCUCAUUGGACCGUUACCAACAAAACAAGACCCUUUAAUGUCAAAGUGAAAACAAAUUAAUUACAAAUAUAAAAAUUCUAAAUAAU